AUGAACACCGUAGCGACCCCUCCUUCGCGCCUACCAGAGUCUAUCCCUCUGAACGGAUUGGAGCGCUUUUUCAAACAGAGAGACCGUCAGCCUUUGGUACAGGCAUCCUUAGGGAAGGCUCACCAACCAGUCACUAUCGACGACCUUCCCAACGAGAUCCUCUUCCUCAUCUUCUUGGAAGCGGUGGACUACGACAAUCGUUUCGACCGAGACUCCGUUCGAGAGGCCGACAUCAUGACUGUAGCGAACAUCUCCCAAGUAUGCGCUCGUUGGCGUGCGGUGGUCCUGCAACACGGAGCGCUGUGGAGCAUGGUGUUAGUUGUUGAGGGAAACGACAAUGGUUGGUUCAAAGAAGUGUUCGGCCGUAUUGGGACAUCCGCGAUUUCAAUUUUUUCCCGGAGGUACCGCCCCCCGACUGACGCCAUGCGGGAGAUUACCAAAGAGAACAUCAGCCGCUGCGAACACCUUCACUUGCCGGUUCGUUGGCCCGCCGAUGAUCACACGGAAUGGAGUCAAUAUCUCUUGUCCCAACCUGCACCACUGCUCAAGAAAUGUGUCAUCGUUAACGAUUUCGACGCCGAACUCCCCUACAAAUUCGAGACUCGAUUCCCAAACACCCUCUUCCAUGGCCACGCCCCCCAACUUCGUUCGCUCACUCUAAUCAAUUGCUCCCUCCCCGUUCCAAACCAACCUGAUGUCUUCCCGAGACUCGACACAUUAGUGGUCCAGUACGGUCCAGUUGCCGACCUCAGCGUGUUGUUGGAUAGGAAGGGAAUCCGUCACACAAUUUCCUUGCUACGAUCAUUCCCCAAGUUGCGGUCGGUCACUUUGGACGACGCCCUUGUGGACUCCAUCCCCCUCCACCAGCACCCAGCCCUGUGGAGGAUCAAGCCCGUCGAGAUGAAGUUUCUACAAUCGCUCUCAUACACAGGGGACGCUACUGUUGCCCUGGCGUUGUGCAAUCGUAUCCUCCUUCCAGCUACGACAACUGUUCGGCUGGGAUUGCGAUUUACCGAUGCACGAAUGGUCAAGAAGGACGAUUUCGUCAACACCAUGGAGGGUAUAAUAGACCUCAUGAUGAAGCACAGUCGUCGGGAGCAGCACCUCAGCAUCACCUAUACUCAUCGGCACUGGACCGUUGGCUUGGGAGGGGCCGAGAGUCGAAUUCGUUUCGAAGUGGACCUAUGCACAAGCGGGUUAUGGUUCAUGGAAAGGCCCUUCGCUCGGGACGCCGACGUCGGCGACACCCCUAUGGGGUGGGAUGAUCCCUUCUGCUGGCUAAUUGACUACCUGUCCCAAGCUCAUGAGCUCGUCAUCAGAGGGAUAACAUCCCUCUCCCUCACGUUCCAAGAAGUCGGCUACUCGUUUUUCCACUGCCGAAAGCUCCUUCGAUUGAUGAAGGACCUCGACACACUCUGCGUGGGUGGCCUCUCGCUUGGGAAACUAGAGCAAGCUGCAGAGGUUUGGCAGGAAGACAGUACCCUCUUCCCUCUCCUUCGCAAGCUCGAGCUCCGCAUCCGAUCCCUUCGCAGACCUACGACACUGGCUACAAUCCCUGCCUUUGUGUCCAGGUGGGAAGAGGUCAAGCAGCGCUUCAAGUCGUUCACCCUUGUCCUCCCAUCGAUCGACAAGAACCUGCUCGUUACCCGGGGAGGCGAGACGUUUGGAUGGAUUUUGUAUUAG